UUGUCUGCAAAAGAACACAUUACAGUUUAGUAUUUGAGGUAUAAGAUAAGAUGCCAUGGUCAGACACCGAAAGCACCACAACCACUGAAACCUUGUAACGUGUGGGAAUAGGUUACUGUAUAAAUUGUGUACUUUAGUAGAGCAUCAACUUUGAACUGAGCUACACAUGUACAGCACAAAGAUGGGCUCCAAUGUGAAGAUUAUCGGUAUCUCAGUGGCAGCAUUUGUGCUACUGACAAUCACACUAUACGGAAGUCUAUCCUUUGCUGUGUGGAAUCUACAUACCCAAAGUGCGAGUCUAAAGUCUGAUAAUCAAAGUCUAAAAGAGAACCAAAUCAUUGAAUUACAAAAUCUAAAGACUGAAAUGCAAAGUCUAAAAUCUGCAAAUGAGAACCUACAUAACAAAAUCUCUGAAUUGCGAGGUUUUGUUCAAGCUAUAAAUCCAAACCCUCACUCGAGUGAUGAAGCCACGGUGAUGGACACACUAAAGCGACUAACUCGACAAUCCGGCUCCUCUCAAAGUGCUACUGAUCUACUUGCUGAUGCUCUGGCAGAACUAAUUGAAAAGAAACUCUACACUAUAAUGGACUGUGCUAGAGAUGACGCUGAUAAUUUAACCGACUGUUCGCUCAAGCCAGGCCCAAAGGGGGACAAGGGAUGCCUGGGUGAUCAAGGUAAAGAAGGCCCUCAGGGAAUGAACGGAGAACCUGGGGUCAAAGGACACAUCGGUUACCCUGGUCAUAAAGGGGAGGUGGGUCCAAAGGGUCCUAGCGGCAAUCCCGGUCCAACGGGGCACCGAGGGGUUAAAGGAGAUAUGGGCGAGAUCGGUCAACGAGGUGAGGCGGGGGUUAAAGGUGACGAAGGUAUGAAAGGAGAAUAUGGUUUCCCUGGACACAAAGGCGAGAGUGGCGGGCCAGGUGCCAAGGGGAUUAAAGGAGAUCGAGGCUUUGGAGGCAAUAAUGGACAAAAGGGAGAGAAAGGAAUAACGGGGGAACAAGGUCCACCAGGACCUAUUCCCACCACACAACCACCAACUACUAGAGCGGUGACUACACAACCACCAACUGUUCCCUCUGAGAGGUGUAGUGGUCCUGGAUGGAGGAAGGUGGCAUCUCUUGAUAUGACUAAUACUAGCCAAAACUGCCCUCAAGGACUAACACUGACUGGCUACUCAAAACGAUCAUGUGGUCGAACACAUACAAAUUAUUAUGCUUGUUCAUCAGUCACCUUUCCUGUUAGUGGGGGUCAAUACAGUCGAGUGUGUGGGAGAGCAAAGGCUUAUCACUAUGGGUACCUGUAUUCCUUUCUUGGGUAUAACCGUGACUCACGUGGUAUCAAUGCACAGUACGUUGAUGGACUAAGCUUCACUCAUGGAACACCCAGGACACACAUUUGGACAUUUGCAGCUGGUUAUUAUCAAGGAAUCAGUGGUGAUACUAGCAAUAAUUGUCCUUGUAACACUGGUAACACCGACGGCUCCCCUCCUUUUGUUGGUAAUGACUAUUUCUGUGAGAGUGGCGUAAGCUCUUUUUCUGCACGUGGAGGUAACAUAUUUUACCCUGAUGAUCCACUCUGGGAUGGUCAGGGGUGUAUCCAUGGCAACCCAUGCUGUCAAUUGAACACCCCACCGUGGUUCAACCAAACACUACCAACCCCCACAACUGAUGAUAUUGAAAUGAGACUAUGCUUGCUUCAAACAGAUCCUUGGGGUAACAUUGCUCUUGAACAAAUGGAACUAUACGUCUACUGAUGAACUAGAAACACUGAACAUUGAUCUGACUCUGUGAAUUAUCCUAGAUGUAAAUAUUGUAACAGAUAUUAGUUUUGUGAGCAAAAAACCUUGAGGGUAUAAAGAUCGUGGUGUCAUACAAGUACCAGUAGUAUUGGCAAUCUUACUUUUGCGAACCAUUAACAUUAAUUUGCUAAUUUUAUUUGAUGUUGUAAUA